ACACACACAGACACACACAGAGAGUCUGUCUAGCCUGACUCCUCCUUGCUACCCCACCCUCUUCUCUCUCGUGCUCCCGCCCCCGUCUCCCUCUUCACGAUAGGUGCGGUGUGAGUCUGCUACGAAAGCAGUCCAGGGCACGAGCCAAGGAGCACACACCCACCAGCAGAGAGAGCAAGGCUGCAUUAUUCAACAGAUCCUGGUCUCUGCGAUCCUCGGAGGCACUGAAACCAGCAGAUCAACUUGCAGAAAGGUCCUGCGCUCUCACUGUUAGAUCCCUCAGCAGGCUGCAGUCAGCAGGCUCUCACAGCUAAGCCGGUGACUCACCCCAUCUGCACCUCUCGCUGAGCCAUUAUUACCAUGGAAACCCCGAGCCAAAAACGCACGAGCCGCAGCGCCGUCUCCCCGGCCCGCAUCACCAGGCUGCAGGAGAAGGAGGAACUGUGCAACCUCAACGACCGGCUGGCCGUGUACAUCGAGAAGGUGCGCUCCUUGGAGGUGGAGAACACCGGGCUGCGGCUGCGCAUCAACGAGUCCGAGUCCUCGGUCAGCCGCGAUCUGUCGGGCAUCAAGACAGCCUAUGAGACGGAGCUGGCAGACGCCCGCAAGACCCUGGACCAGGUGGCCAAGGAGCGAGCACGCCUGCAGCUGGAGCUCAGCAAGAUCAAGGAGGAGCACAAGGAGCUCAAAGCCAGGAACGCCAAGAAGGAGUCUGACCUGGAGGCAGCCCUGGUCAGGUUGAGGGACCUGGAAGCCCUGCUCAACUCCAAAGAUGCUGCCCUGAGCACUGCCUUGGGGGAGAAGCGAACCCUGGAGGCAGAGGUGAAGGACCUCAAGGCCCAGCUGGCGAAGUUGGAAGGAAACCUUGCCGAUGCCAAGAGGCAGCUACAGGAUGAGAUGCUGAGGAGAGUGGAUGCCGAGAACCGCCUGCAGACCCUGAAAGAGGAGCUGGAGUUCCAGAAGAACAUCUACAAUGAGGAGAUCCGUGAGUCCAAGCGCCGGUUCGAGUCUCGCAUGGUGGAGAUCGACAGCGGGCGGCAGCAGGAGUUCGACAGCAAGCUCGCCGAGGCGCUGAUUGAGCUGAGAGCGCAGCACGAGGAUCAGGUCCGCCUCUACAAGGAGGAGAUCGAGAGGACCUACAAUUCCAAGCUGGAAAACGCCCGUCACUCGGCGGACAGGAACAGCCACUUGGUGGGAGCCGCCCACGAAGAGCUGCAGCAGACCCGGAUUCGAAUGGAGAGCCUGUCGGGCCAGCUGAGCCAGCUGCAGAAACAGCUGUCAGCGAGCGAGGCCAAGGGGCGGGAACUCGAGGAGGCUCUGACACGCGAGCGGGACCUGAUGAGGCGGCGGCUGGAGGACAAAGAUCGGGACAUCAGCGAGAUCCGAGCCCGGAUGCAGCAGCAGCUGGAUGAGUACCAGGAGCUGCUGGAUAUCAAACUGGCCCUGGACAUGGAGAUCAGUGCUUACAGGAAGCUGCUGGAGGGAGAGGAGGAGAGGCUGCGUCUGUCACCCAGCCCUCCGCCCACAAAGGUCACAGUGAUGCGGACCUCCGGCUCAGGCCACUCCCAGACCAGCCGGGUCCUCCACUCUUCUGCCGCUGCCUCCAGCAGCCGCAACUCCUCUGGGACGAGCACCUCAAAGAAGCGCCGGCUCAACGACAAUGACAGCGAGACCUCCAGUGUGACAGGGGGCGCUGUGACCAAGGCUCGCAUCAGUCAGCACGCCUCGGCCAGCGGCCGCAUCACCGUGGACGAGGUUGAUAUGGAUGGGAAGUUCAUCCGUCUCAGCAACAAGGCUGAUGAGGACCAAUUGCUGGGUAACUGGCAGGUGAAGAGGCAGGUUGGGAAUGCCGCCCCCAUCAUCUACAAGUUUCCCCCGAAGUUCACUCUGAAGGCUGGAGGGACUGUGACUAUCUGGGCUGCAUCUGGUGGUGGAACCCACAACCCACCCACUGACCUGGUGUGGAAGAGCCAGAACUCUUGGGGCACCGGCGACCUCCUGCAGACCAUCCUGAUCAGUGCUAGUGGAGAGGAAAUGGCCAUGAGGAAAGUGACCCGCACCCUGUUCAGUGACGACUAUGAAGAUGAUGAGAUGGGAGCUCACAGCACAAGUGGUGGAGACAAUGAGUACAACCUGCGCAGCCGCAAGGUGAUCUGCGACUCCUGCGGGCAGCCGAAGGAGCGCGGCGGUGCCUGCGGCGGUCUAGCUGAAGGCCUCCCGGGACAUUCCUACUUCAUGGGCACCAAUGAGCCCAGAAAGGGCCGGAUGAAGCCGGAGAACUGCUCCGUCAUGUAAAAGCAGGCAGCACCUCACCUGAACCCAGCACCUCCUGCAGCCCACAGGGAGACUCGUUUUCUACCGUCGGGAUGUUUAUCUUUAUUUUUUAUACGAUUGUGUCUCGUUUUGUAUUCGGAUUCAUGUGCAGGUUAGAUUUGCUUCGAGGUUUGGGCAGAGGGCGCAGGAUCAUAUUCGGCUUUCAAGUUUGUAUCUUCAGCUUCUGUUGCUGCAUGUUUGCUGUCUGCUUACGCUGCUCUCCGCUCUGCACGCACACAGGUGUGCACACGUGCACAAACACGCACACACACACACACACACACACACACACACACACACACACACACACGGGGCUCCAGUGACCAGUGCUCGAGCUCAGAUCUGAGCCGGGGUUCCACAUUGAACGGCCGGGCUGUCAACACUGAACACGCACAGCUUGUGGACCCUGUGAGGAGGCAGCCGCAGAGGCUCGCUGUCUCGCCUCUGCGGCUGCUGAUCACGUUUGUCGUUCUUCAUUUAAAGACGAUGUUUCAGACGUAUUUCUCUGAGCAGUAUUGAGCUGUUUUUCUGGAUGAAAUGUUGCAGGAAGCCAAAGUGAAAGCUCAGGUUUUAUCACCUCAGCCUUAAACAGACGCCGCGUCGGUACGAUGCUGUCGGGCAGCUGUGGCCUCACACACAAAAUGAGUGUUUGAGAUUAAUAUGGCCGCACAGCUCGCCCCCCAGGAAUGUAUUAAUUAUGUUUUUGAAUGUUUAAAGAAAUAAGGGAAUUGCUCUUGGCUUUAAACGUGUUGCUUUUUUUUUUUGUCAAAAGAUGUUUAAUCAUGAUGGGAGAGCUUAGCAUUGAAUUUGUACCUGGGGGGUCAGGUACUGUUUUAUAUAAAUGUGGUGCCAUACGUAGAGUCUAUAUUUGUAGGCUGUUUGAGGAUUUGUGGCCUUUUUCGCGGCUCGCGUGCUUCACGCAGCAGUCCUGUGACUGUCAGCUGGACUCGAUCUGUGCUGCUCGGAAAAACUGGUCAUAAGGGCUUUGAAUUCUUUCUUUCCUCUAAGCUUUUCCAACUUUGCAAAUCCCUCACUUAAAGUUGGGAUCUGAGUCAGACUGAGGGUUUGGAUGCAGCUUUGGCUUCAUGCACUGCUUUUAUCGAGGGCCUCGCCAGUUAUGCACAGCAGGUAGAUUUGUAAUGUAGUCGGCAGCUUAAGUCAUUUAUACUCCAGUGGAAAGCAUAUCAAAGCAUUUAUGGAAGAUACUUGAUAGCUGUUGUGGGUUUUUUUCUAUUGUACUUAAAAAAAAAAAAAAGCAAUUUCUUCUGCGUUUGAACUUUUUUUGAACAGUUCCCCUUAAAUCAAACCCGUAUCCUUCAGCCUGUGAUGCUGCGUAUCCGUGCAGAUUGUUUUGGUGUGAUCGCAGGUUUGGGGGGGGCGGCUGUCCGACUUCUCUUGAAUACAGUGGAACUCGUCUUGUGGUGCUCAGAUUGCUAGAAAACAUAAACUGUGUGUUUGUCCAGAAAUGCUGACAGUAGUUUGAUGUUGGAGCUGCUUUCUGACUAACAGACGCUGCAGUGAUGCAGGUCCUGCACGCUCACACCAACGUUUGUGGACUCCAGGUCAGGAUUUCUGGAAAGACACAUUCAUGCUUUUUUUUUUUCUUUUCUUAGCUCCAACAUAUUCAAGAGAAGGCAGCUGAUCUCCACAACUCCACCAGAGCAUCGAACGCACAGAGAAGUUACAGGAUAGAUAAACCUGAGUGUUUGAGGAUGCUCUUUAAGCUGUUUGAUCCUCAGACCGACAUCUGCAGUAGUUCUCAUAUCUACAUGUAAAGUUCUGACACAUGAUAACUGUAGUUAUAUAUUCACACCCUAAUGCUUCCAUGCAGAGCAGGAAGCUGGUGGUGAGGGGUUUCAUUAUGCACACCCUGAGAGGUGCUCAGGUCCUGGUGGAGGUCUCAUGAACCCUCUGAAGGAUUAAAAACUUCACCCAAAGCCAUUAAUGCCAAAGUUUCUUGAAGUGUGAUUUGUUUCAGAUCACGAUGUUAUUAAAGCCACACAAGCUUUUUUCUUUUCUAAAAUAAUGCUGAAUAAAACUUAUUUUUUCCA